UCUCGUUUUGCUGGAUGGCCUGAAAAACCGCGGUUGCUAACUUCUAUCCGAGGGGUGGCUUUGGUUUAGCUGACACACAUGUCAGAGUUUGAAAUGGCCAGAGUUUCAGUGUCUCAGGAGUUGAGCUGCUCCGUCUGUUUGGAUCUACUGACAGACCCGGUGACUGUUCCCUGUGGACACAGUUUCUGUUUGAACUGCAUCACCGGCUGCUGGGAUCAAGAAGACCAGAAAGGUGUUUACAGCUGCCCCCAGUGCAGAGAGACCUUCACUCCAAGGCCAGCUCUACGCAGAAACACAAUGAUGGCUAAUGUUAUGGAGAAACUGAAGUCGGAUGAUCUAACCAUUGCUAAGGAGGACUCUUGCUACACCAGGCCAGACGAUGUGGAGUGUGAUUUCUGCACUGUGAGAAAACAUAAAGCCAUCAGGUCGUGUCUAACAUGCAUGGUCUCCUAUUGUGAAGUCCACAUUCAGCCUCACUAUGAAGUGCCUGGACUAACCAGGCAUCAGCUGGUGAAUGCCACCUCACAGCUACAGGAGAAGAUCUGCUCUCAGCACAACAGGAUCAUUGAGGUGUUUUGUCGCACGGAUCAGAAGUUAAUCUGUCUGUUGUGUAUGAUGGACGACCACAAUGGACAUGAAACGGUCUCUGCCGUAGCAGAACAAACUCAUAAGCAGAGUUUGUUGCUGCAGAUGAAGGGAUAUAACCAAUGCCAUGUCCGGGAGAAGGAGAAGGAGGUGGAGGAGGUCAAACAGGCUCUGGUCUCUCUGCAGGCUUCAGCACAGACAGCUGUUGAGGACAUGGACACGAUUUUCACUGGGCUGAUCAGCUUCAUGGAGCAAAAAUGUUUUGAGGUGAAGGUGUUAAUCAGAGCCCAGGAGAGGGCAGAGGUGAGUCGAGCUGAAGGACUCCUGGAGCAGCUGGAGCUGGAGAUCACUAAACUGAAGAGCAGAGAUGCUGACAUGGAGAAACUUCAGCCAAUCGAGGACCCCAUUGAUUUCCUCCAGAGUUUCCAGUCACUCCUGUCCUCCCCAUCUGUUGCUGAGACCGUUGCCAAGGUGACAUUUGAACCACAGUUCUCCUUCUGUGAAGUGAUGAAAUUAGUGUCUCCAGCUCUGAAGGAGAAAACUAAGGAGUUUCACCAAGCAGUACACAAUGUCACAGGCUUCAUGAAGGGGGACAGGGUCAAACUGAAGGCCGCUGAGGAUGUCCGCAGGGGCAACAGUGGAUACAGAGUCCUCGAUUACGUCACAGUCAGAAGUGAGGGGGUGAUCAGACAUAUCAGAGAGUCAGAUGUGACCGUGGACUUCCUUGAAGUUUCUGCCUGGAAUGGUAGUGUGUCGAAGAUUAAUCUGGUACUCUGACACAUGAUGCAUAAUUCAAAUAUUCUAUAUUACAAUUCCAUAAUAUCAUAAUUUUGUUAUGUUAAGUGUAUAUUUUUGCCACACACAAGAGGGAGACUUGACACCCAUAAGUCAGUAAACUUGUUUUUUUCCUCCUGAAGGAUUUGUGCCUUAACAAAAAUCUUGUAUUAUUAAUAAAUAA